AUGGAAGGAGGUGAUGAUCAUCUUCACCACCACCGCGGCCGACACGUUAACUUUCCGUUUCAAUUGCUUGAGAAGAAAGAAGACGAGGUUAGUUGCUCCACCAGCUCCGCCGCGUUUCCUUCUUUAGGAAUCUCCGGCGAUGCCAUAAGCCCUAACGCAACAACUCGAUCAUCAACAACCACAACCUCUACGCUUGACAUUUCGGCGGAGCCAUCGAAGAAGCCGCCAGUGAAACGAACAUCGACAAAAGAUCGCCACACGAAGGUCGAUGGACGUGGGCGGCGCAUCCGCAUGCCCGCACUGUGUGCUGCUAGGGUUUUCCAGCUCACUCGAGAGCUUGGCCAUAAGUCCGAUGGAGAAACAAUAGAAUGGCUACUUCAACAGGCGGAGCCAUCUGUCAUCGCCGCCACGGGUACCGGUACAAUCCCGGCAAACUUCACUUCACUCAAUAUAAGUUUACGUAGUUCAGGUUCUAGCAUGUCAAUACCUUCUCAGUUAAGAUCUUCGUACUUUAAUCCCAGCUUUUCGACGCCACAACGUCGAGGAUAUUUUCCGGGCAUCGGGUUGCCAUCGGAGGGUUCGUUGGGAACUUUGUUGAAUUUUCAGGCAGCAAACCUAAACCCUAGUUCGAUGCAGGCUAAGCAAGAAAUUCGCGAAAAUUCGAUCGAUUUAACUGAGACGGAGGAGAGUAUAGGGCGAAAGCGUCGUGCGGAGCAAGAAUUACAGCAACCGCAGCAUUACCACAUGAACAAUUAUUUACUCCAGUCAAGUACAGGGGCGAUGCCGUCGAGCCAUGCUUCAGUUCCGGCCAAUUUUUGGAUGGUGGCCAAUUCAAAUAACCAAGCCAUGGGUGGUGGUGAGCCAAUAUGGACAUUUCCUUCUGUUAAUAAUAAUAAUAAUAAUGCUGCUGCUGCUGCUGCUUUAUAUAGAGGGACUAUGUCUAGUGGACUACAUUUUAUGAACUUUCCAACUCCGGUAGCGGUAUUGCCGAGUCAACAAAUAGGCACGAGUAUUGGUGGCGGCGGCGGCGGUGGCAGUAAUGGCUUGGGAGAAGGACAAUUGGCAUUGCUAGCGGGGCUGAAUUCGUAUCGGCCUGUCAGUGUCAUGUCGGAAUCUCAUGCAAGUGAACACUCGCACCACGGUGGAGAUGAUCGGCAAGACACAACGAGUCACCAUUCAUGA